AUGGCCCAUCGGUAUCCCGGCACGGCCGCCGGCAAACUCCGUCAUCCAAAACCAACCAUCAUUAGCAAUAAUAAUAAUAAUAAUAAUGGAGGUAGUAGUAUAGUACCCUUUCGUAAGCUCAUCCGGCGAUCCCGCUCACCGGAAUCAACCCAACUCAUGGGUCUUAUGGUCUUGCUUAUAUCCACCGGAAUCUUGCUCAUGCUCACCGGAAUCACCUUUACUACCAUGGUUGUUACUAUAAUAUUCUUGGUACCUGUUAUCAUACUCUCUAGCCCAAUUUGGGUUCCUACUGGUAUCGUGCUUUUUUUCGUCACGGCGGUUGCUUUGUUGUUUUCCGGCGUGGGGCUAGCGGCGGCGAUGCUAUUGUUACUUUUUCGUCCGAUCAGAAAAUAG